UCAACGACGCUGUGUUGUGGGUCUGCUGGUAGCAAAACCUCACAUUACUGUACAUAACACUGUAUCGUUUAAUCAAGCAAUCUUGAUCUACAAAAGGGCUGCACAUUGCGGAAAACCAUGUCAGACACGGAGACCAAGCCCUCAAGCGAUGGAGGCGAGAAGAAGGAUGGAGAGUACAUUAAACUCAAAGUGAUCGGUCAGGACAACAGUGAAAUUCACUUUAAAGUGAAGAUGACGACACAUUUAAAGAAGCUGAAGGAAUCCUACAGUCAGAGACAGGGUGUACCCAUGAACUCUCUAAGGUUUCUCUUUGAGGGACAGAGAAUCGCAGACAACCAGACCCCCAAAGAGCUGGGAAUGGAAGAUGAGGACGUGAUCGAGGUGUAUCAGGAACAGACUGGAGGCUGUCGGAACGACUAGACUUUUAUUUUCAUGCUCUUUAUUUUUAUCUUCAUUUUGUAUGUAUGACAUGUGUUUCCUUUUGCUUUCACCUCAAAGGGAAGCAGAAAAACCAUCUGGAUCAAAUGCAUAAUCUGUUUUGAUGGCUGUAUUUGAAGGAGUUGGGGAGGAAUUACAAUAGAAAAUGUCCUUCUAGUAUCUUCUGUCUUUUUUUGCGCAAACCCAUCCAUACCUGCCUUCACGAGAGCCUCUUUUUUUAAGUAUCCUGGUCACAUUUUGCAUUGACAUCUAAUGUUGUUCCUUAAGCUGACUGAAAACAGUACAGCACUUCUAAAAAUCAUUAUAUUAUAGAUUAUAUUAGUAAAUCCAAUCGAAUUUAUGAUGGCAGCUGUGGUAUUCAUGUAUAUUCUCUAUAUAAAUACAAAAUUAAAGGGAUAGUUCACCAAAAAAUGAAAAAUUACUCAAUAUUUACUCUUCAUUUUGUAGUUACUUUUUUUCUGUUGAACACAAAAGAAGAUAUUCUGAAGAAAGCUGAACAAUACAAUACAAGUCAAUGGUUGCAGGUUUCCAGCAUCCUUUAAAAUAUCUACUUUUCUGUUUAAUAAAGAAACUCAUAAAAGGUCUAAAGCCAAGUGAAGCAUGAGUAAAUGAUGACAGAAUUUUCCGUUUUGAGUGAACUGCCCCUUUAAGGCAAUGUUUGCUAAUGUUCAUGUAGUAGGUUGCUCAGUCAGGAUUAUUAGCUUUCAUUUCAUAUCUUUGUUUUUUGUACAUCAUAUGCUAGUGAACACACCUCUGCCAUCGAAUUUUACAAUCGAAUACGUACAGAGGUGGUUUAUUUAUGUGCAAUUGUUGUCUCACGUUAGAAGAAGUGUCAAAUGUUUUAUUGCUUUUCCUCCAGGGGUCUGCAACAACUGUGUACGGUUUGGUCCAGAUGGUUUUGUGGAUCUAGGAGAAUUAUGACUUUGCUUUGUCUUGUUUUUUUUAAAUAAAAUGUGUCAAAA